GCUCGCUGCCCUCGCUGACCGCGCGCACUAGUGGUGGAGAUUGGCGGCAGAAUCGAGGGACAUUUUGCGAACCACUUUUAGCAGCGUGUGUGUCAGGGGACUGGUGUAACCUCCAAAAUUCAAUGCUCCCUAGCAAAGGAUUGUUGAAAACACGUUCAUUGUACCUGGCAAAAAAUUUUACACCGGCAGCUCUAGUCCAGCGGUUACAACGUUAUUCUCAACAAUCGUCCACAACUACCGGUGAUAUCAAAAUGCCAUUUGAGGUUGAGAAACUUAAAUUCCUCUCAAUGCCAUCAGAGGAGAAGCGAGCAUUGUACAGAAAAAUUGCAAAUAAGAAUGUGGUUACAUUACACCAAAUUCCAACGUGGUUUGAAUAUUGGAACAGUAAUAAGUCAUGCAUGAAGAAAUCGACUUGGGAAGAAGUUGGAAUAGUCGAACAUGACUUGGCAAAAAAAGUUUCACUUUGGAUUGGAGAUAUCACUUCUCUUGAAGUUGAUGCUAUCGUGAAUGCUGCCAAUCGUUCUCUCCGGGGAGGCGGCGGAGUUGAUGGAGCAAUCCAUAAAAUGGCCGGUCCAACACUCAAGCAAGAAUCUAUGACAAUGGCGCCCUGUGGGGUUGGAGAAGUUAGAUUAACCGGCGCCUAUGCUCUCCCAGCUAAUUACGUAAUCCAUACCGUCGGACCUCAGGAUGAGGAACCAAAUAUGCUUAGUAAGUGUUACGAGCAGAGCCUUGUGCUGGCACAAACACAUGGUUUUAAAAGUAUUGCAUUUCCCUGCAUAUCAACCGGCGUUUACGGAUUCCCGCAAUAUAAAGCAGCUGCAGUCGCCCUGGGAACAGUAAAAAAGUUCCUAGAAGACCACGACAAUGUUAUCAACCGGGUUAUAUUUUGUGUGUUUUUGGACUCAGAUAUGACGAUUUACGAAGAAUUAUUGCAGAAGUUCUUUGCGUUGGAAUAAAGUGAUGAAUCUGUUGGAAUCAUGGGGUGCGUUAGUCACUAUUCCAAAAUCAGCGCAUCUGAUCAUAUAAAUUACUUACUACACUACGCAAUGCAUUUGUAUAAAUUUCAAAGUUUUUCGCAUAGAAGCAUGCUUCGCGGAAGAUGAAAUGGUUAGAAUAGAUUAGAAUCGAAAGGAUAAUUAAUAUAUUCCUUAAAUUUAAUAAGUUCAGUUUGAAUAAGAUUGCAAGAUCUCAAGUAUACAAGAUUUAUGUGUUGUAUUCUGUAUGUUAAAGAAAAUUUGAAUUUUUCAAGUUGUCUGGAUUCCCGUUUAACGAAUAGUUAGGCUUUUAAAUUGUUACAUGAUUAUUCAAAGUAAUUUCGAAUUGAGUAUUGUUUCAGUUUCUUUAUAAUUAUGUCUUGUUUCUCUGUUUUUAUUUUAUCACAUCAAAAGAUCCGAAUUUAAUUUUGUAUUGUAAAACUUUAUUCAUCUAAUAAGAACAAUGAUGAUAGUAUAAUAAUAUGUCUUCUACCUACGAAUUUAAGAAAAUUGAAUAACAAUCUCAAUUUAGUACAGUUGAACGUUUUGAAAAAGUAUGGCAUAAAUAAAUGAGCACACGAUUGUGUAAAGUACUAAACUUCCUUCAAAAUGAGAAAAGAAAAAUGUAGAUGUACGUAAAUCUCUUCGGAGCAUAAAUGAAUAGACUUCGUAUAAUAAAAAGUUAAAUAUUACGGUACU